AUGAAUUUCCAUACCUUGAUCGCCAAAAAUGGCGGCCGGACGACGGAGAACGAAGCCGGCGAAGUUUCGGGCGAAACCGAGCUUUUCUCUUCGAUUUUUCCGGCGAAAUCUCGACGGCUGACGGCGAGACCUGGCUGGGGUAGGAAGAGGACGGCGGCCCGGUCAUUUUGGUACCGGCCCCGUCGACUUUGGUGGCCGGACGAGCGAACGGCCGGCCAAAACGUGGCCAGCUGUGGUGGCGGUCGCGAACCAGAGGAGAGAGAGAGAGGGACGCGCGCGAGAGAGAGAGUGUGA